GUCCCAAUAAUCCGAUGUCCAAGAGGGAAUGCUGCUGAAAUGGUAGCCGUGAAACUUGACAAGAAACUGAGAGAGAAUCUGCGAGAUGCUCGUAACAGCCUGUUCACCGGAGACACCAUGGGCACUGGCCAGUUCAGUUUUCAGAGGCCACUGUUUGUUCUUGCCGAUCGUAACCUGGAUCUAGCGACUCCUCUCCACCACACAUGGACGUAUCAGGCUCUUAUUCAUGAUGUGCUGGACUUCCACCUGAACCGGGUCAGUGUGGAGGAGUCUCAAGGGUCAGAGGCCAGCCCAGCUGGAGCACGGCCAAAAAAGAAAAACAAGAAGAGCUAUGAUCUCACUGCUGCUGAUAAAUUUUGGCAAAAACACAAAGGAAGUCCAUUUCCUGAGGUUGCAGAAGCUGUGCAGGAGGAACUAGAUGCAUAUCGAGCCCAAGAGGAUGAGGUUAAACGCCUCAAGAUCAUUGGACUCACAAAGGCCUACCGCUGUACUCCUGCCUGA